ACGAUACCCUACAUUACUCUCCAAGAAGUGGCUUUCGUACAGUCACUUAUUGUUAAUUUUGUUGUCUUUUAGUGAAAUACUGAACUAAUUUUUAUUAAAAUGGAAGAAAUUGGUAUUAUAUUGCCGGAAAAGGAUGACCAAAUCACCGAUGCCAAGGGACUUACUUUUGCGGGUCCUCAAUCGUUUGAUGAGUUAGAAUCUGAAGAUUUAUAUACUAAAUACAAGAAACUGCAACGUAUGUUGGAAUUCUUGGAAGUACAAGAGGAAUACAUUAAAGAUGAACAGAGAAACCUUAAGAAAGAGUAUUUACAUGCACAAGAAGAAGUGAAGCGUAUACAGUCUGUGCCCCUUGUCAUUGGACAGUUUUUGGAAGCUGUUGAUCAAAACACUGGCAUUGUUGGCAGCACAACAGGCUCCAACUACUAUGUACGCAUUUUGUCCACAAUUGACCGAGAGCUGCUGAAGCCAUCUGCGUCUGUUGCUCUUCACAAGCACUCCAAUGCUCUUGUGGAUGUAUUACCACCAGAAGCUGACAGCUCUAUAUCUAUGUUGCAAGCUGAUGAGAAACCUGAUGUGCAGUACUCAGACAUUGGAGGCAUGGACACACAGAAGCAGGAAAUCAGAGAGGCUGUGGAGCUUCCACUCACUCAUGUAGAGUUAUACCGUCAGAUCGGUAUUGAACCUCCUCGUGGUGUGCUCAUGUAUGGCCCACCUGGAUGUGGCAAGACUAUGCUGGCAAAGGCUGUAGCUCAUCACACCACAGCUGCAUUCAUCCGCGUGGUCGGUUCCGAAUUCGUCCAGAAGUACUUGGGUGAGGGACCGCGUAUGGUCCGUGACGUCUUUCGUCUAGCUAAAGAAAACAGCCCCGCCAUCAUCUUCAUUGACGAGAUUGACGCUAUUGCUACUAAACGAUUUGAUGCACAAACUGGAGCCGAUCGUGAAGUUCAGAGGAUUCUUCUUGAACUGCUGAAUCAAAUGGAUGGUUUUGACCAAACCACAAAUGUUAAGGUUAUUAUGGCAACAAAUCGUGCUGAUACCCUGGAUCCUGCUCUACUGAGACCUGGUCGUCUGGACAGGAAAAUUGAAUUUCCUCUUCCCGACAGGCGUCAAAAGCGACUGAUCUUCUCGACCAUCACGGCUAAAAUGAACCUGUCAGAAGAAGUUGAUCUUGAAGAGUUCGUAGCACGACCGGAUCGUGUCUCUGGUGCUGAUAUUAACGCCAUCUGCCAGGAGGCGGGUAUGCAUGCUGUGCGUGAGAACAGGUAUAUCGUUCUUCCAAAGGACUUCGAGAAGGGAUACAAGAACAACAUCAAGAAGGAUGAGAGUGAAUAUGAGUUCUACAAAUAAGUUUUUGUUUGCUAUAUUGGAUUGUAAUUUACUCAUAAUAAACUUAAAUAUUUACAUGUAGUC